CAGCAGCACUUGGCGCCUCUUCGGUGUCAUUUUUUUUUCUCUCUUUUCUUUCGCACAAGUUAAAAGAGGAACAGAGGAAGCGUUCGACCGACCGACCGACUGACAGACAGACAGACAGUUGGGAGCCGGCGCGGGGUAGUGACGUCACAGUCCAAAGUCUCCUCUUCAUCGGGCAGCAGGCCUCGGGAUCACUGCUGAGCUCCGGAUGGGACCUUUGGAUCCGGGCCUGGGAGCAACAGUAUCUGAAAAUACUGCCUGACAUGGAUCUGCUUUAAUGACCGCAUGUGGAGGAGAGCAGCCCAUCUUCAGCACACGGGCCCACGUCUUCCAGAUUGACCCAAGCACCAAGAAGAAUUGGGUUCCCACAAGUAAACAUGCCGUCACAGUCUCCUACUUCUUCGACAGUACCAGGAAUGUAUAUCGGAUCAUCAGUCUGGAUGGAUCUAAGGCCAUCAUCAACAGCACCAUCACCCCCAACAUGACAUUCACAAAGACGUCACAGAAGUUUGGCCAGUGGGCCGACAGCCGGGCGAACACCGUCUACGGCCUUGGCUUCUCGUCUGAGGGUCACCUGGUCAAGUUUGCAGAUAAGUUUGCUGAGUUCAAGGAGGCAGCGCGGUUAGCAAAGGAGAAGUCCCAGGAGAAGAUGGAGCUCACCAGCACUCCCUCUCAGAGCGGCGCUGUAACAAGGAAUGUGUUGUCAGUCAGCAAACCUGGUAAAAAGAAGGAGUCGGCCCCGGGUGAUCUGCUGUCACCUUUGACCCCAGAGAGCAUCAAUGGUACAGUCGAAGAGAGAGUCACACCACAAAUGCCUCAACAUGCUGAAGCCAGAGCAGAGCCUUCCCAGAAUACACUGCCCUUCUCACACAGUUCAUCCAGCAUCAAUAAGCACUGGGAGGCGGAGCUUGAGGCACUUAAGGGGAACAACGCCAAACUGACAGCAGCUCUGCUCGAGUCCACAGCCAACGUCAAACAGUGGAAACAGCAGCUGGCGGCCUAUCAGGAGGAAGCGGAGAGGCUACACAAACGGGUAACGGAGCUGGAGUGUGUGAGCAGUCAGACAACCGUCAUCAAGUCUCAAAAGACAGAACUCAACCAAACAAUAGAAGAGUUGGAGUUGGCUUUGAAGGCCAAAGAGGAGGAGUUGGAGACGCUUAAAGCAGAGGUGGAGAGUGCCCACGAGUUUCAGUCGCAAAAAGACGUCCUUACUCAGAAACUACAGGAGUCGGAGACGAGGAACCAGACGCUGGAGGCCCAGCUGAGCGAUCUGGAGCAGCGUCUGGAGAGCAGCCAGCUGGAGAGAGAAGCCUUUCGCAAGAGCCUGCGCUCCCUGCUGGAGCUGCUGGACAGUAAGAUCUUCGAGCUGACAGAGCUGCGGGACACGCUGGCCAAGCUCAUCGAGGGUAGCUAGAGAGAGACACACACACACACACACACACACACACACACACCACAGCCUCGUGCAGCACUUACACAGAGCCACUCUCAUAAAAGAAUUCACCUGCAUGUUGGCACUCACGUUGUCACACGACAUGUAAAUCAACUUGAAUUCUCUCUUCUUCUUCUUCUUCUUUUCUCCACCACAUGUAUACGAUACGUGUAAAAGAGUAUGUUUACACUUUAUGCAUUAGCGGUACACACAUUUUGCUACUUCCACAUUGUUUACAAACUGCCAAGUGAAGAGGGCUCUGCUUGGGACAUGCCUUCCCUCCGCUCCGCUCUGGAUUAUUCGUGACUCUCU